UCUCCAACAGCAGGUCAGGAGUCUGCUCAACAAGAUGUUGCAAUUCUAACUCAUCAAACUGAUUACAAUGUCACAAUUAUUAAUCAAAUUUACAGUUUCUUGGAGUUAUUCCCAAAGAAGAUUCAAGAACAGUUGUCAACAAUUUCAGGUGAGGACGUGAUGAAUUUAAUUGAAGUGGCCAUGGAUAAGGGAAGACCCUAUGAAUUAUUCUACUACCACAAGAAGGAAUCGCACAUUGAUAACUCAUUUAUUGUUAAACAGGAGGACAUUGAUGAAGUUGUCAGUAAGCUAUCCUUUGGAACUGAUAACAGAGCUGGAAUCGAUGGCGCCUUACAUAGAAUUAGUGCCAUGCUCAAUAGAAGUGAAAAAAUUAUUGGACUCACAUUGAGAGUAGGCAGGGCAGUAAUGGGAAGAUCGAAAGUAUUCUCAGACUUGAUUGAACAAGGGAAGAGCAUUUUGCUUUUGGGUAAACCAGGUUCAGGAAAGACGACUUUUAUCAGAGAUUUUGCCAAGACGCUUUCUGAAUCAAGAAGAGUUGUCGUAGUUGACACCUCUUGUGAGAUUGGUGGUUUUGGAGAUGUACCUCAUGUGGCGAUUGGUAAGGCCAGAAGAAUGCAAGUAGCUGACAUUAGAAGACAACAAGAAGUAAUGAUUCAAGCCGUUCAGAAUCACACACCAGAAGUCAUUGUAAUUGAUGAGAUUGGAACCAGGGAUGAGGUCAGUACUGCAAGAACCAUCGCACAGAGAGGGGUUGUUCUUUGUGGUAGUGCGCAUGGUGAUAUGAAAUCCAUUCUCAAAAAUCCAAUUUUAUGCGACUUGUUGGGUGGUGUUGAAAGUGUAAUUAUG